ACUAACAGCUAUUGGUGCUGUUGCUAGCAACUCCUCCAUUUACCCCGGGGCAAAGAAAAGCAAGCCAGAGGGAGCUCUAAAACACAACGGCGGCGGCAAAAAGAGGGGGGGCGGGAAGGUGUGAGGCAACCCUGGAUCAGAAGGAACAGGGAGGCCUGCAGAGAUUACAGAAGGCUUCAUUAAAGGAAUUCAAGAAUUAUCGGAUGAGACUGGGCUGAGCCACUGCUGACUCCAUGGUCUACUGCAUUCCAGGAAGAAUGGAAAAGCUAUUAGGAAGAACGUGGCUCCAGCUGCUUCUGUUAUCACUGCUUUUUAGCUUAGGCCAAGGAAAGGACAAUAACCUCUGUGUGGCUUCUGGGGCAAAAAGCUGUACCGAAUGCAUCCGAGUGAGCGGCGACUGUAGUUUUUGCACGGAUGAGAACUUCAAAGGUGCCCGCUGUAAUUUGGAAAAUAAUCUAAAGAGCCAUGGCUGCCAAAAUAACAUAAAAUUGAAACAUGGAGAGUUGUUAAAGACAAAGGAUUUUCAAAUUGAUACAUCUCUGAAGAAAACACAAGUAUCUCCACAGCAUAUAUCACUGAAACUGAGAGCUGGUGAUGAAGUAAAAAUUUCCAUGAAGGUGUUUGAGCCCAUUGAAUCUCCUGUGGACCUCUACAUCCUUAUGGAUUUUUCAUAUUCCAUGUCUGAUGAUUUGGACAACCUGAAAGAAAUGGGCCAGAAUCUUGCAAAUUUCUUGAGGGAACUGACUGACGACUAUACCAUUGGCUUUGGCAAAUUUGUGGACAAAGUUUCAGUGCCACAGACAGACAUGAGACCCUCAAGAUUGCGAGAACCUUGGCCAAAUGCUGACGCGCCUUUCUCUUUUAAGAAUGUCAUCCGUUUAACCCAUGAUAUUAAUAAAUUCAGCCGAGAAUUGAUGAUGGAACGUAUAUCCGGGAACCUGGAUGCUCCCGAAGGUGGAUUUGAUGCUAUAUUGCAAACAGCUGUUUGCAAGGAGAAUAUUGGGUGGCGGAAUGACAGCACUCACCUUCUGGUCUUCUCCACUGAGUCGGCCUUCCAUUAUGAAGCUGAUGGCGCCAAUGUCCUUGCUGGAAUCCUGAGAAAGAAUGAUGAAAAAUGCCACCUGAACCAAGCAGGGGCAUACACCUUUGAUACCAAGCAGGAUUACCCCUCUGUACCUACCCUUGUGCGGCUGCUGGGGCGGAGUAAUAUCAUUCCUAUUUUUGCUGUCACCAACCACUCCUAUGAUUACUAUGAGAAACUGCACACAUACUUUCCAAUCUCUGAAAUUGGGAGACUUCAAGAAGAUUCUUCUAAUAUUGUGGAAUUGAUCCGUGUGGCUUUUGAGCGUAUUCGUUCCAAGAUGGACAUUCGAGCUUACAAUAUCCCAAAAGCCAUGAAAGCUGAAAUAACAUCCCAAAGAAGUGAAAAAAUAGAGUCUAGUUCAUUCCGUAUUGUUCGAGGCGAAGUGGGAACCUUCAAAGUGCUUGUGAAAGCUAAUAAGCUCGUGGACAACAAGCAUGUCUGUGAUCUCCCAGAGAGAGAACGGAAAGGUAUUAUCCACAUUAAGCCCUCCUCUUUCAGUGACAAAAUGGAGAUUGAUGCCUCAAUUAUCUGUGACACCUGCUCCUGUGAAAAGUAUCAGGAAGUUAGAUCACCGAAGUGCAGUUUCAAUGGGAACUUUGCCUGUGGCCAAUGUGUGUGCAAUCCAGGCUGGCGGGGGGACCUGUGUAGUUGCUCAACGUCCUCCAUUACUGACAUUUCAGCCUGCAUACGACCUGGAGAUACAGAGCCCUGCUCCGGCAAAGGCGAAUGCCUCUGUGGGAUCUGUCAGUGCAGUUCUGAAAAUCUCAUUCAGCGCUUUGAGGGACAGUUUUGUGAAUUUGACAACUUGCAGUGUCCCCGCACUUCUGGAUUCCUCUGCAAUGACCGGGGGCGCUGCUACAUGGGCCAGUGUGUAUGUGAAGUGGGUUGGGAAGGCCCUGGUUGUGAGUGUCCCACAAGCAAUGAAACCUGUGUCAGCAGUAAUGGGCUGAUUUGUAAUGGACGUGGGAGAUGUGAAUGUGGUAGGUGCCGCUGUGGUAACCCCACGGUCCAUACUGGUCCCACCUGUGAAACUGGAAAUGUGGCUUUCCAGCGGGUGUGCGAAGAAGAAUUCCGAAGUUGUGUCCAGUGUCAGGCUUGGGGAACUGGAGAGAAGAAGGGGCAGAAAUGUUCAGAGUGCCGUUUCAGGAUCGAGCUGGUGGAUGAAUUGAAGCAAGCUCAAAUUUGUUCUUUCCAAGAUGAGGAGGAUGACUGCAUUUACCGCUACACUAGGGAAGAAGAUGCCAACCUAUCACAGAACAAUACUGUUCUUGUGCAAAAGAAGAAAGAGUGUCCACCAGGAAGUUUUCUUUGGCUUAUCCCCCUACUCAUUUUUCUGAUACUGCUCCUGGGGUUGCUGCUUCUCCUGUGCUGGAAGUUCUGUGCUUGUUGCAAGGGUUGUUUGGCUCUGCUACCCUGUUGUGCACGAGGUCGUAUGGUUGGUUUCAAGGAGGACCACUAUCUGCUCAGGCAGAGUCUUAUGACCUCGGACCACCUGGACACUCCAAUGGUGCGCAGUGGUAAUUUGAAAGGAAGAGACACAGUCCACUGGAAGAUCAAAAACAAUGUGCAUAAGCAAGACUACUCAUCCUUGACUCUCAAUCCCAAGGAUGUCGUUCCAUACGGGCUCUCUCUCAGAUUGGCACGGCUCUUCACCCAAAACCUUGCAAAACUUGAUAGCCGUGAGCGUGAGCAACUGCAGAAAGAGGUGGAGGAAAAUCUGAAUGAGGUGUACAGAGUAAUCCCAGGUGUCCAAAAGUUCCAGCAGACAAAAUUCAGGAUUCAGCCAAAUGCUGGAAAAAGGCAAGACCACACAAUUGUGGACACGGUGCUCCCUGCUCCCCGCUCAGCUAAGAAUGACAUUAUAAAAGUAACAGAGAAGCAUGUCUCACAAGAAGCUUUCAAUGAACUAAAAGUGUCACCUGGCUACUACACUGUGAUUGCUGACCAAGAUGCCCAUGGCUUGGUUGAGUUUGAGGAAGGAGUAGAGCUGGUGGAUGUUCGGGUUCCCCUCUUCAUCAGGGAGGAGGAUGAUGAUGAAAAACAACUGCACGUGGAGGCCAUUGAUGUUCCUGUGGGCACUGCAGAAAUCGGACGUCGUGUGGUCAACAUCACCAUAAUAAAAGAGCAAGCAAACAGCAUCAUUAGCUUCCUGGAGCCAGUUUAUUCAUACAGCCGCUCUGACCAAGUAGCUAAGAUCCCUGUUGUUCGAGAAAUACUGGAAAAGGGGAAGUCCCAGAUAACAUACAGGACACAAGAUCUCACAGCUCAGCAAGGCAAAGAUUACCUUUUUGCAGAGGGUGAUUUGAUCUUCCUACCUGGGGAGAAGCAGAAGGAAGUGCAAGUGAAAUUGCUGGAGUUAACAGAGACUGAUGCCCUCCUUCAGAACCAACAGCUGAAGCAAUUUGUAGUGGAUCUCAUCAACCCCAGGUUUGGGGCAAAGGUUGGCAAACACCCUCAAGCCAUAGUGACAAUUGUUGGUCCAGAAACUCCGGAUGGGAUGCCAUCAGCAAUAAACCUGACUCAGUUUCCACAUUCUCCUAGAGGCACCCUUGCAGCACCUCUUAAUCCAAAUGCACAGGCAUUAAGCUCUAGGAAGAUCCGCUUCAACUGGUUGCCCCCUCCAGGCAGACCUGCAGGAUACAAGGUGAAAUACUGGAUCCAAGGAGAUCCUGAAUCAGAGGCUCAUCUGCUUGACUCCAAAGUACCUUCGGCAGAGCUGACCAACCUGUACCCCUACUGUGAUUACGAGAUGCAAUCCUGUGCCUAUAAUGCUUUGGGUGAAGGGCUUUAUUCUAAGGUGGUCCACUGUCGAACGCUUGAGGAAGUUCCUAGUGAGCCUGGGCGUUUGGCCUUCAACGUCAUCUCCUCCACUGUGACACAGCUGAGCUGGGCAGAGCCUGCAGAAACAAAUGGCUUGAUCGCAGCUUAUGAGGUCAGCUAUGGACUUGUCAACGAGGAAAACAGACCCAUUGGUCCCAUAAAGAAAGUGUUGGUGGAGGACCCUAAGAAGCGGAUGGUUCUGAUUGAAAAUUUACGGGAAUCACAGCCUUACCGCUAUACAGUGAAGGCGAAGAACAGAGCUGGAUGGGGGCCAGAAAGAGAAGCUACUAUUAACUUGGCUACACAACCAAAACGCCCUAUGUCCAUUCCCAUCAUUCCUGAUGUACCAAUAAUUGAUGCACAAGGAAGAGAGGACUAUGACAGCUAUCUGAUGUACAGCACAGAUGUCCUGCGUUCACCUGCUGGUAGCAAGCAUCCCAGCAUCUCAGAUGACUCUGGCUCUCGGUGGAAAUAUGUGCAGCUGCUAGGGGAUGAGCUGGACCUUCGUCGCGUCGCCUGGAGGCUCCCAGCAGAACUGAUCCCUCGUUACUCGGACAGCAGUUACUUUUCCUCGGACACAGAGGGUCUCCUCCAUGAAGGUAGCACCCCCUCUGAGCUAGUGGACAGUGAUGCAACCAGCGGCAGUCUACCAAGGAGUGGGACUCCCCAGCCCCAACCAGAACAUUUGAUGAAUGGCCGACUGGAUAUUGCCUUCCCUGGCAGUGGUGGAAGUUUAACCCGAAAUCAUCUAAGUCCACAUGUGCACCAUGAGAGAAGAGUGAUGGGAAGCUCAUCGCUAACAAGAGAGUAUACCACGGUGUCUGGACAUGACCCAUCCAAGAAUGUUUUCUCUCCCAUAUAUGAAGAAACUAGGAGGAUUCGCCAGAUACCACAGGAUGUGGGCUUUAGGAGGGCAAAUGUGAUGGGUUACUAUGACAGCAGUGAUGCUCGGGAUUCUAUAGUCAUGACUGAUGGGCCUGCUUGGAUUUCCAAAUAUCUAGAUUCCAGAAUGCAGCUGCUGAGUGUUCCGGACACUCCUACACGCUUGGUGUUCUCUGCCCUGGGGCCAACCUCCCUGAAAGUCAGCUGGCAGGAACCCCACUGUGACAAAGAAGUGCAAGGAUACAGCGUGCAGUACCAGCUCCUCAGUGGAGGUGAAAUAAAAAGACUUACAAUUCCCAAUCCAAUGCAGAACUCUGUGGUGGUGGAUGACCUGUUACCUAACCACUCCUAUGUCUUCAAAGUAAAGGCCCAAAGUGAUGAGGGAUGGGGUCCAGAAAGAGAAGGUGUGAUAACCAUUGAGUCACAAGUGGAUCCCCGCAGCCCUCUCAGUCCUGUGCCAGGGUCACCAUUUACCCUGAGCACUCCCAGUGCUCCAGGACCUCUCGUAUUCACAGCCUUGAGUCCAGACUCACUUCAGCUAAGCUGGGAGAGACCCCGCCAACCCAAUGGCUUCAUUCUGGGCUAUAUGGUCACUUGUGAGACACUGCAUGGUGGAGGGGAACCCAGGAAUAUCUAUGUGGAGGGGGAUAACCCAGAGACCACCCUUACAGUGCCCUACCUGAGUGAAAAUGUUCCAUAUAAGUUCAAAGUGCAAGCCAAGACCACCCAAGGCUUUGGUCCUGAAAGAGAGGGCAUUAUCACCAUUGAAUCUCAAGAUGCAGGAGUAUUUUCUCAAUAUGGAACUCAGCAAUUCACCAGCGAGGAAGUAUACAAUCUCCCUACAGAAUACAGUACCCAAACGAGCAUCACUCACUCUCUACUGGAUCCUUUAUAUACAGAUGGCAUGCUGAUGACCACCCAGCGAGUGGAGAGUGGCAGUACCCUUACCAAACAGAUUACCAAAGAAUAUGUCACCAGCACAAUGUCAAGCAAUAGUGGGACAUUCUCCAGACAGACAGAGAGGCAAUUCUAUGAAGCUUGAGUGCAGAAGGAAACCGCCAAAAAGACACAGAUUUCAACAAAAUGUUCUGUGGCUGUCUUCCAAAUGGAAGCAGAUGGCAACCUCUGCACUGCAUCAGCCCUAAAAACCACUCACUGGCCAUUGCUUUUGAGAUCCCACCAGGUGGGAUCUGCACAUGGCCUAGCUGGUAACCUAGCUUCUUGUGAAAGGAGCUUUUAGCAGAAUGCUUGGCUAUGAAGCUCUCUUGGCUAGUUCUACGUUGAGUCCAACUCCUGGGCAUUUGCUUUACUGCUCUGGAUUUGGUUUGAAAUCCUUUCCUUUCAAAAUUCCUUUUAGUUUUGCAUAUUUUAACUGGAUCUCUUCCUCCCUGUUGAUAUUAAUACCAUCUGCAGUUUUUUCCCCCCCGAGUUUGGUAACAUCUUUUUUGUCAUAUACGUUCCUUGCAAUGCAGGGGAGUUAUCCAGAUUGUUUUAUGGUAGGUGUAAAAUCCCCUGCUGUGCAGUAUGUAUGCAGUAUGUAGGAACUCAUUGGUAGGUUAACAAAAACAGGGUUACUAAAAUACAUACAGGUAGUCCUUGUUUAGUGACUGCCUCGUUUAGCAAUCAUUUGCAGUUACAGUGAUGAAAAAGUAACUUUAUGACCAAUCCUCACAUUUACAACCUUAGCAUGUCUGUAAAGCAAAGGACAGCUGAAGUAGGAUCAUAAGCAGUCAUGGUUUCACUUAGCGACUGCUUCGCUUAACAACUGAGUUGCUGGUCCCAAUUGUGUUUGCUAAACAAAGACUACUUGUAAACCCUUUUCCAAAGAAUCCCUGAUACAACAUGGGGCCAAUUAAGGUAUUGAUCUCAAGUUUCCAAUUUUAGUGUCAAACAUUUAGCAUUGUGCUAUGGACAAUAUCUUUUUUAGAUAGGAAGCUCUCAAAAUGAACUCAUUUACUUUUAGCCAACAAUUUAGUUACUUUCAGAUGAGGCUUUUAUGAUGCAAUUACCAUAGCCUUGCUCAUAGUCCAAGAGUCAUUGUUUUCCAUGCAUUUUCCAACUACUUUUUCAAUCUUUUUUUAAACAAAGAGAAUCUGGUAAAGUGGCAAUGAUAGAAUCAUGCCACAGUAUCUUUUGGAAAGUAGUCCUAAGAGCCAUCCAUUUGGAAACAGACUGAAACCAAAAUUAACAUUAGAGCUAUUGCUGCAUUUUUCAGAAGUUGCCCAGGGAUUCUUCAGUGAGAAGGCCUGCAUGCAGUUAAGUGGCAGCUUAUGUAUCUCGAUGAUGGUUUAUUCCUCAGUGCCAAUCAUCAUGCAAGGUGUGGGUAAUGCUAGCUGGCUUAUCCUGCACCCCACAAGUUGAAGGUGCCCCAUAGUUGUGGGCGGUUUUCUGAGUAGACAGACAUGACUGGAGGCAGGUGGAAUAUGUAGUUUAUAUUCUUAUUUUAUUGUAUUGUUAGACUGAAACGGUUUUAAGUUUUAACUGCAUUUUAUUGUAAACCGCCCAGAGUCCCCCAUGAGGGGGAGAUGGGCGGUGAAUAAAUUUAUAAACAAACAAACAAACAUUUCUUGAAACUAAAGGUUUGCCUACCAACACCACUAGGAAGAGUAAUGCAGUUGGGCCAUUCAGGCAAGACGUAUUAAGAUAAAGCUCUUAGAAUCCCAUAUUCAGUGCUGUGACUCAUUCAUAACAGGAUGAAUUGCCAAAGUUCCUGGACUGUCUUUUAAAAGGGCAAUAUUUCUUUAGAAUUCAACAAAAUGAAUUAUUUCCUGGCUCCUUUGUAAGGGAGUUCCAAAUAGCUUAUAGAGCUUUCGGCUUCAUUUUCAGACAUGAUUUCCUGUUUGUUGCAACCCCUUACUACAUAUUAUAAUCCUUUUCACUCAGAGUAAGAGCCACACAUCUUGGUAUAAUCCAAAGAGUCAUUGGAGGUAUUUAAUGGGCCAGAUUCCAGUGACAUAGUCAUUCUAAAUAGAAGUUUAAAAGACAUCCUAUGUUUUCACUCAUGUAAUGGAAAACACAGUAUAAUGUAAAUUACAUGUUUGUAGACUAUUAUGACUUGCAGAGGUUGAUGGAAUUAAAUACAUAUGCAGUCUGAGUAUUUCAGUGAUCUGACAGAUGGUGCUUUGGACCAGAUGGCUUUGUAUUGCACUUAAUAAACAUUUUCUCUAUGA